AUGUUCCAAUAUGUUUACUUUACAGGUGAUAAAUUGAAUACCAUGAAAAUUAAAUGUUGCGAUGCCUAUAUUACAUAUUUUUAUUCAUUUAAGAACUUUUAUAUACAAAGAAAAAAUGAUCAGCAGGCUAUUCAAGAUAUAACAACAAGUCUUCAACUUCUCGAAAAUGAAGAUUCAAUGUCUGUGUCUAUGAAGCCCGGAGAUCUAGUUGCUGCUAAAUAUGAAAAUGAUGGUCUUUGGUACAGAGCUAAAAUUUUAAAUAUUGAGGAAAAUGCUUUUAUGGUUCAAUUUAUUGAUUAUGGAAAUUCAGAGUUAUCAUCAAAUCUUAAAAUACUACCUGAAAAAAUAGCUUAUUGCCGUGCAAUGGCAUAUCAUUGCAUGCUUGAUGAUGUGGACCAUGAAGAAUAUGUAAUAUCAACUGUAAAUGAUAUAUAUGAUAUAAUUUUUGACUUUAUAGGAUCUAUUGAAGUAAUUGUAACUUUUUUAAGCGAUGAAGAAACCUAUUUGGUGAAUAUGAAGUGGGAUGAUAGAUGUAUAAAAACAUUAGUAAAUAACAUUAUUUCAUACGGAAUUACUCCAAAGACAUAUGAAACCUUGAAGGAAAUUGAUCAGCCUGGUGCAAAGAUGGCUGUGAAUCUUAUUUAUGCUCAGUCAAUAAAUGAAUUCUAUGUAGAAACUGAAGAUAGUAAAGAAAUACAAACUAAAAUUGAAUGUAUACUUGAAAAUGAAACUGUUUGGGAACCAUUAACUGAGUAUAAGAUUGGUAAAAUGGCGAUUGCAAAAAGUAUAACUGACAGUAGAUGGUACAGAGUAAGGCUUUUAAUGAUACAUGAAGAAGGUGAAUGUACUUGUUAUUUCAUAGAUUAUGGAGUUCAAGACAAAUGUUCAGAAUUUUAUGAAGCGGUUGGCUAUCUAAAAUCGGCUCCUCCAUUUAUUAAACUAUGUUCAUUACAUAUUCCAACAAUGAAAAAAAAUGAAAAGCUGUUUGAGUGUUUAUCAAAAAGUUUUUACAAUGAAAUGGAACAAUGCAAAAAUAAAAAGAUGACUAUGACUGUAGUGAAAACUGGUGAACCAAUUGUAGUUGAACUUUUUGUCGAUGAUUUUAAUGUGGCCAAACUUAUCAAACCUAUUCCGGUGAUAGUAUUUAAUGUUAUUCAUUUGAAUAUAUUAACAGUUCAAGUAAAUUCUCCUAGUAGACCAAGCUGUAAUAUCUGA